GUUCAUCUCUCUCUCCCAGUCAGUCACUCGCAGCAUCAGCAGCAGUGCUAUAUAACCCGAGCAUCUGUCGGCGCAGCCACAUUACAAUCCAUCCACCGGACCUCACACUUCAGGAGGGGCAUGCCAGAGUCAUAACAAGAUAAUUCUGCAAAACAUAGAUUUCCAAUAUGACUAAGUCCUACACGGAAGAAACCAUGAUGUCAUCAGACCCCCAGGAUUCUGCGACCUGGACUGAUGAGUGUCAGGGCUCCCAGGAUGAACAGGAUAUGGAGAAGAAAAACGGCGCACUCGAAUCCAUGCACGGGGACCUCGAGGAUGACGACGAUGAUGGGUUAAACAGACUGGAUGAGGAUGAUGAUGAAGAUGAAGAUGAGGAAGAAGAAGGCGACGAUCAAAAGCCUAAACGUCGUGGACCAAAAAAGAAGAAAAUGACAAAAGCCAGAAUGCAGAGGUUUAAGAUGAGGCGCCACAAGGCGAACGCGCGCGAAAGGAAUCGUAUGCACGGACUCAACGACGCGCUCGAGAGUUUGCGUAAAGUUGUGCCAUGUUACUCCAAAACCCAAAAGCUCUCAAAAAUUGAGACUUUGCGUCUGGCUAAAAACUACAUCUGGGCCCUGUCAGAGAUCUUGCGGUCGGGUAAGAGCCCAGACAUAAUGUCGUUUGUACAGGCCCUGUGUAAGGGCUUGUCUCAGCCCACUACUAAUCUAGUGGCAGGCUGUCUCCAGCUCAACCCCAGAACGUUCCUCCCGGAGCAGACACAGGAGAUACCAUCUCAUAUGCAACCAGCAAGUGCUUCCUUCGCCGCGCAUCCCUAUUCCUACCAGACCCCGGGUCUUCCCAGCCCUCCAUAUGGUACAAUGGACAGCUCCCACAUCUUCCACGUCAAGCCCCAUUCAUACGGAAGUGCGCUGGAGCCGUUCUUUGAGACCGCGCUGCCGCUUACAGACUGCACUAGUCCAUCAUUCGACGGACCUUUAAGCCCACCACUGAGUGUCAACGGGAACUUUUCCUUCAAACACGAGCCUUCGUCUGAGUUCGAAAAGAACUACGCAUUUACAAUGCACUACCAGGCUGCAGCGGGACUGGCGGGUCCACAGGCACACGCGCCCCUUUACGCGAGCUCUGCGCAGCGGUGUGAGAUACCGAUGGAAAACAUUAUGUCGUACGAAGGACACACUCAUCACGAGAGAGUCAUGAAUGCUCAGCUUAACGCUAUAUUUCAUGAUCCGUGAAUACAUUAAACCAUCAAAGACUGAUAAGAGUGCGUCAUGAUAUGAUAUCCUAGUGCCACUGAUGCAAAAGAGCGAUUUAUUAUCAUCUUGAUUCUAUCAUGUAGCCUAUGUAUUUAUUGUUGUUACUGCCUUUAGGAGAAGUGCGGAUACAUAUGCAUAUUCUCUUUCAUUUCAUGUAUUGUAUUCUAUAGCGCUUCUAUAGGUCACAUUGUGGAAAUAGUGGUGACUAUACUCCGAAUGUGUUGAUUAUCCAUGCUACAAAAUCACAAGCAAUAAUUUGGAAAACUAUGCAAUUUUUAAACGAAUACUUGGGCCAAUAAAAUAAAAAAUAAAGAUUUCUAUAUUUUUCAACCAGUAUUGUACAUCUCCCAUACUGAAUUAUUUUGUUGUGAUUUUGUACAGAAUUAUGAAUAGCUUUUUUAUGAAGUCGAGUCGUAUUUCAUUUCACACAACUCCACGUUGUUAAUGUUUUAUAAAAUAGUGUUAUGUCAUGUUUAUAUGAUACAACCGUUUUAUUUAAAAAAAGUUAUGUAUACAGAGGCAAGUGCUAAUACAAAUCGGUUGCCUUAGCAAUCAUUUAGCUUACUGCAAAUCAUGCAACGUUGCACAAUAUUGAUAACUUUAUUUCCCCUAAAACAUUGAUAGCCUACUUAAAAGUUUGAUCAUGCGCAGGGGCCUACUACUUGCAAAGUAUCAUAAACGCCUAAUUGUGUAUACAACGCUUCUCCUGGAAAUGCUCAUUGCAUAAAACGAAGUAGGCCUACUUAUUAUUUCAUUUCAAAAUUCAACCGUGGCCCAUCUUCAAAUUCAUUAUCAGUGCAGCACAUUUUGGAACAUACCAGGCAUCUUCUUAUUGCGCCAUUGCAUGCAUGUCCAAAUCAGUGCAGAAUAGCUAUUUGCAGCAUGAUGCUUAUCGUCAAUGUGUGCCGACUGUAUAUUGUUUGUAAACAUUUUAUAAUGUAGGAUGUUUUCAGGACUCAUAGGGACUGAGUGCCAUGGAGUUAUACUCAUAUGUUCGUUAUUUGCAUUUUGGUUUUAGUUUUAAACUCUCUUCCGAUGUGUAUUCAAGUGUACAUAAGUCAGUGGAGAUAAAUGUAUAUCAUGAGGCGCACUCAAUUAUUAUUGUAAAAUAAAGUGAAUGAGUAGCCUACCAUUUCUUUAAUUAUUAUCUGGAUCGACAGAUGUAGGAUCUUAGUUUGAUCAUUCCUUUGUUGCUGAGAAUUUCCUAUACAGAAAAUGCAAACCUGUAGUCUAUUUUAGGUUUAAAAAGUAUUCUUAAGUUUGUAAUUUCCACUUUGAAAUGUCAGACUUGAUUUGCCCUAACGAAAAAUGUAUCAACCCCUACAACAAUGUCCAUUAAUUAUAAUCAACAUAAUAAUUCACAUGUCCUAUUGCUGCAGGAUAAUGUUCCUGCUGUAGCAAACUGGCUCAAAUUGAUUUCCUACAUCUGCGUUGACAAUGACGGAGCUAAACAGAAGUAGCUACUUUUGAGCAGGACUGAUUUGGCCAACAUUACGUUGACAGGUGUGGCUCAAUCAUCAACUAUAUGGUUCUUUAUAAUGAUAAAAUUGCAUAAAAACCUAAAUGAAAACCUAUAGCCUAUGACUAAAUCUGUCAAAAACCAGAGUUAAGGCACAAUUAGUUUCAGUGGCUUUCCCCUCAGUCCCUCAGCCUGGUCGCAUAAUAACCUUGACUUCGUUGAAACCCACAUUCGACACUUCUUGGAUGUCCAAAUUAUUGACACAUUCUCUAAAAUAUGGGUUUCCGUCAAAUCUUUACGCACGGAGAGUGACUAUUUCUCUGCCCAUAAGGAUAUGCUACUAAAUCAUUAUAUCCUAUAUUGUCCUAGGCUAUAUUAUGAAUUGUAGAUGCAUGAAAUUAAAAGCAUCUUGAUAUGAGAAAUAUUAAGACAUCCAUUUGUGAUUAACAUUUAGGCCUUGGCUAUAUGAGUGAAAAUGAGCAAACCCCCUGAGCCAGCAUUUAUUUACCUAACGUUGUAUAUCAAAUACUGAAGGACAAAACGAGCGUUUUUCUGCCAUGCCACGAAUAGCUGCAGUAAGUCAAGGGGCAUUCACAUGCCACCAUGGUUUCUUCCCAAAUGACACCCUAUCCCCUAUAUAUACUGUACUACUUUUGACCGGAGCACUAUGAGCCCUGCACAAGUAUAGAAGGGUAUAGGGUGCUAUUUAGUACGAACACCAUCUCGUAUGCAAACCGAGCAAGACACAGGUGUUACUUCUGCUGGGGAGGUUUUUAAUUUAUGAAAAUGAUCUUGUUUAUGCAUGAACACACUGGCUGCAUCUAUAACCCAAUACUUAUAUUAUAAGGGAAAACACCAUGCAGCUAACCAACUUCAUGAUAUACAUUCUGAAUGGUGCUUCUUUAUUCACUGUUCAUGUUGAAUAACCAUUAGAGAUGUUUCCUUGGAUAUCCGUUCUUCCUCAAUAUCAGAAUCUUCACUGAACCGUUUAAUCAUUUGAUUAUAAGCAUACAUCUUAGAUGGAAAUAAACACUCACAGCAUGCUUUAAACUGGAAUAAUAAAAUGAAAAAACGAAAUCAAUGUGUGUACUCCUGAAAUCUGUAAAUCGUGUGUCCCCAAAAUACAAAUGUAUUAUGUAUUUUGUAUUUCAUAAAUGUAUUUCAUAAAUGCA